UUCAAAAUUUUUUGUUUUUCUUCACUACAGGAAAAGGAGCUGGAAAGAAUAAUGAUGCUGCAGGAGCCAAACGAGGGUCUGCACCAAACUUUACUGAAGACUGCAGGGAGGAUGGAGAGUUUAAGGGAGGAGUUUGUAAGCAGCCAAAAGCUUUUGGAGGUGGAGCUACAGAGGACAUGCAUGGAACUGAGCAACCUCACAGAAAAGUUUAAAAUACUACAUGAUAACUGCUCAUCCACACAACAAACUAAUAAUCUUUUAGAGCAAAAGCUUCAUUCAGCGGUUCAGGAUAUGGAAGACGAACGCAGAAGACUGAACCUGCGUAUAUUGGCGUUAACCAAACACCUUACCCAUAUAAAAUCAGUCCCCAGUUUGCAAACGGUUCAUGGGACGACAAUGGCAAACAAAGCAAACGAGUGUUUACAGUCAGACGAUGUUCCUCGGGGGGCUCUUCCACUCACUCCCCCUCCGGCUCAGUUCAUGGACACUCAGAACUGUGGAGAGCCCAAAGCUGCUGGGCAGGAGGAGUCUCUGGGCUCCGUUCCGGAGGAGGAGGAAUCCGACUGGUCGGAGAUGGGAGAAGAACUCCCACGAUUUAUACAAUCCGAAACACACAGAAGUCAAGUAUGGAGGCACCAAGGAGGAGGCGACAGGGAGGCGUGGUGUGAAGAAAUGGUUAGAGGUCACGCUUCUCGCCACUGGCAGGUGCCUCAUCUCCAGUUCACCAUCCACAGUGAGAUCCUGUCUGUCCCCCAAAGCGAGAACCUGUGUGACAACACGACAGGCAAGGGCCCUUACAGAAUCACCACGGGACCAAACCUGAGCUCUGCUAUCCUGAUCCGCUCAGCCAGCCUGGAGGAACUCCCUCUGGCACGCAUGCAGAAGGAGCUCAGGGGCACAGAAGCCGUGAUGGACCUGCGCCGGCCCGCAGACGAAACUGCUGAAGAUGAUCAGCGGCUCAUGCAGCACUGGAGCGUGAGCGGCGGCAGGAAUGUGACAGGAAGCAGAGUGGCGGAGACAGAGAGCAGUGCCGAGGUACUACUCAGCCACUUCCUCAGGGAGCCGCGGCCCAGCGGGGUUAAAGGUCACGGCAGCCACCAGGCAUACGGCUGGAUGGAGGAGGUGUUGCAAAGGGAGCGAACGCAACUGUGACAGAUGUGCUGAAGUAUCAAUUUUAUUUCAGAUUAAUCACACAUAAACUACACAUUUUAUUAUUCCACUGAAAUUAUACCAAAAUAUUCAGCAGUUAGUGUGGAGUUCUGUUAUUCCCAUAUCCCUGCACUCCAAAAAUAUUUCAUUCUUAGUUAAACUCUUGUCCAUGUCUUUAAAAUAAAUAAGUAAAUCACUUAUAAACUGUGAAUAUUUCAGGUGGUUGAAAUUUCAUUUUAAAAUACAGGUAUUUGUAUUGUUUUGCUGAACUUGU